AAAGCUUUUUUUUUUUUUUUUAGAUGUGGAAGGUGUCAGACUGCCCCAGGGCAGAUGGUCCUGCAAAGAAGUUUGCAAUGGAUGAAUGGGCGAAUAACUGAAUGUAGUGUAAAGCGCCUUGGAGUCCUCUGGACUAGAUAAAGUGCUAUACAAGUACAGACCAUUCUUAUUUUUAGGCCUUAAAAAGUCAUGAAUACAGUAUUUAUAGAUAUAAUAUUUAUUUUAGUAAUAGUUAUGACUGAUAUUAUUCAUACCUCUGGCAGAUUUAGAUGUAAAGUCAUUCUUCUAUAUUGACCUAAAGAUUAGGGUGAUGGCAAAGAGGCCUUCCAACCUCAAUUGUGAUGCUCAUAAUCAAAGAGAAACAUCAGCACGCGUCAAAAAUACUGCAUUAAAAUACAAUAAAUACAAUCAUUGAAUUUUAAUUUGUCAAAAUUUUGAUUCUGAGAAUGCAAAUGUGUUUCUCUUAUUUCUCUCUGUAUGGUGUGCAGUUAGCAUGGCAGUUAUUUAAAAGAACUUUUUUUUGAUAGAUUUGAGAAAAAUAAACGUUUUAUAAAUGAAGCCAGAGAGACUUUUAAAACAAACAUUAUCAAGCAGUCUUUUCAUUUGCUCCAUUGACUUGGCCACAUUUGCCUGCCAUCCGCUGCAGAGCUUUAGGAAUAAACGCACUGUUGCGCUGUUCGGGGGCUUUUAUUAUGAUAACCGGAAGUGCCGAGGGUCUGUAGCACCAACUCGAGCUGAAAGUGUUGUCAUCGGUCGUGUUUCUAACGUGACUCAUUUGUUUGUUUACAAUCAUUUGACGCGCCGUUGUAGCACCCUGAGCACGGAGCUGACGCGUUAACGCGCUUAUUGCCGCCAUUAACUAUUUCGAAGCGGCUCCUUUAACCAGAGGAACAAUCCAUGCAGAGAUCAUAUAUUUGAGCGAUGGGUUCAGAGAACUCUGACCACUUUGGACCGGCGGUGGGCCUUGUUGACGAAGACGAGCAAGAAGUAGGUGGUCUAAUCAACUCAGACGGGGAAGAAGUGGAGUUCUCCGAAGUCAGAGUAAAUCCCAUCGCAGGCGUCGUACCUGCAGAGACUCCCUCCAAGAAAUUGAUUCAGAGCGAGAGUGAAAAGCUAGCAUCCCUCCACAGCUGCUCGGUUUGUGGGAAAGACUUUCCUUACGCCUCUAAGCUUCAGCGACAUCUGCGCACUCACUCGGGAGAGAGGCCCUUCCCUUGCUCCAUGUGCGAAAAGAGAUUUCCAGAGAAAGGGCUCCUCAUGAUCCACGAAAGGGUCCACACGGGCGAAAAGCCGUUCCCGUGCACUUUCUGCGCCAAGAGGUUUGCCAGUCAAGGGGAGCUGCGGCUCCACCGGCGGACUCACACGGGCGAGAGGCCCUACCACUGCUCCAUCUGCCUGAAGAGCUUUUCUCGGCACUGGCACUUGAAGACGCACCUGGAGGCGAUGCACUGCGAGGUAGUCGCGGGCUUCACGAGGAAGAAGUUCCCAUGCUCGGACUGCGAGAAGAGCUGCAACUCGGCGGCCGAGCUGAGGGACCACCAGCGGACUCACACUGGAGAAAGGCCCUUCCAGUGCUCAUUCUGUGACAAACGGUUCGCCUUGUCUGGAACACUGGUGAGGCACGAGCGCCUCCACACCGGUAUCACCCCCUACCACUGCAACGACUGCGGCAAGACCUUCGCACAGCAGUGGACGCUCACCACGCACAUGAGGACUCACACGGGAGAGAAGCCAUAUAGCUGCUCUCAGUGCGACAAGUCGUUUGUCGCUCCUGGGGAGCUCCGGAGGCACACCAGGAUCCACACAGGAGAGAAACCAUACACCUGCGGUGACUGCGGACGGCACUUCUCGUUAGCGGGAACUCUGAGAAACCACCGGCGGUCGUGUACGUCAAGCAAGAGCGAGUCCGUCCCUGAUGUCGUCUUGGGAGUGAGUCGAGCAUCGGCAGAUGAGUCGUACCUGGAGGGCCAGGCUAACUCCAUCAUCUGUGAGGUACCUGAAAGUGAGACCUCCCCAAAUCCUGCUGAGCCUACUUCCUCAGAGCGUCCUGACUGUGUCACAUCGCCUCAGCCAGCGGUUACCCCAAGGACAAUGGAAAACCCUUCAGAGAACCACGUUUCCACUCCCCAUGUGAACGUUAUAGUGAAACAGGAAGAAGAGGAGGAACCUUUAUAUGAGGAAACUCCAGACCAUGCAUCAGAUGGGGAGAAUUGUGAGACUCCGGAAGAAAAUGAAGAGCUGCAUCAGCAAAGCAACAAAGAGAUUAGGAUUACAGUAAAAGAUGAAGAGGAGGGGUCAGUAAACGAAAAUCCGGAUGCUGACGAAGUCGUUGGAAAACGCGGUCUUCCAACGUCGCCUGAGAAAAAGCAAAGUCGAAGCAACUCAAAGAGUUCCUACUGCUGCGGGCUCUGUGGAAGAGACUGCCACAAGAUGUCGGCGCUGCAGAUCCACAUGCGCAUUCACUCGGGCGAGAAACCCUACCAGUGCUCCCUCUGCGGGAAACAGUUCACACAGAAGGGUCAGCUAAAAGGUCACUUUAAAGUCCACACGGGAGAAAAGCCAUAUUCCUGUCCGGACUGCGGCAAGAGCUUCGCCCACUCAGGCGCCAUGAACCGACACCGGCUCACCCACACGGGUGAGAAGCCGUACCACUGCUCUGUGUGCGACCGCAGCUUCAACCAGUCCGGCCGACUGAGGGAACACGAAAAAAUCCACCUGGGGGAGAAGUUCGACUGUCCUGAGUGCGACAAGAGCUUCACGCGCGCUUCCAGCCUCAAAAACCAUGUGAGGCUGCACACCGGUGAGAGGCCGUACGGUUGCGACGUCUGUGGGCGGGGCUUCAGCCGCUCGCAGAGCCUCAGGCUCCACAGGAGGAAACACUUUGAGACCGAGGGAGCGUCUCCGGCCGCCACAAAGAAUGACGACUUCUACGAGAGCGACAAUAAUUCCCCCAUUAAUAUGUGCAUAACGGAGAAAAAUGACUGAAAAAACUCUUAUUUAUUUAACCAGAUAUAUAUUGGUAGUGUUUAGUACGAGAUCAAAGUCUGUAAAACUGAGAAAGUGGAACGUAGCGACUUACCUCUGUGAAUUUAUUGUUACCUAUCUGUGAUGCUUCUAUAUAAAAAGUGUUAAAAACUAAAAUAUUUAUCUCUGAAGUGUAAAAACAGCCUUAUGAACAGAAACACAGCUGUGGUCUGUGCUGCCAAGCAGGAUUAGCUGCUCAUCAAGAAACACGAAGCUGGGUUGCUCCUUACUUGGGUUCAGCACUAUUUAUUUAUUUAUUUUACCUUUUGUCCACAGUAGGGAAUUUAUACUGAAACAAGUUUUAGUCAAUGCCAUUUGAAAAUUAAAAUAAAAAAACAAAACAGUACUUCUUUCCUCUGGUUUUCUGAGAUGCACCAUUUCACUUUGUUAUCGUGUAAAAAAGAUUUUGUUUUGGAGUUUCACGUCAUGUUAUAAUGGUUUUCGUUCAUCAAAAACAUGCCUGGAGAAAGAGCCCCAAUUGCGAGGAGUGAAGUUGCAAAGUCAAAUUUCUUUAAAGUCAUGAUCGAUAUAUAGACACGUAGCAACGUGACGUCACGUUGCUACGUGUUGGAGGACAAAACAGCUGCUCGCCUACAAUGACUAUCAUUGGUUUUACUGUCACCGUGAUGUAUGCUUGAUAUAUAUUAAAGAAAAAGGGACGCAGUGCUUUGCGACUAAUUGUCAAUGCUAUGACAAUGAGAUAAUGAGGUCCGAGGAUUUCACAGGUUAAUAAAAAGUAUUAAUUGGAGAAAAAAAAGUGAGGGAGAAGGAAUUAGUUCAUUUAUGCUAGCUUGACUUUGACAACUUUAACAUGUAGGUGUGCUGUGGAAACGAUUCUUUUUUUUCUUUUUAAGACGUAAAUGCACUGAAUUACAGAUUUAUUUGAUAACUCUGCACCGGUACAGCACACUUAAAUACACCAAUAGCUUCACAAGCUUGGGCAAAGAUGUAAAAACAACACAAGUUUAAUUUAUUCAGUCAGUGCGAUUAGAACUAUAAUAGCCAAUGUAAAAUAAAGAAAAAAGGAACUGACACCUACAAAAACAAUAGGCUGACUACUUUGGUUAGACAUGUAAAAAUAAACGGCAAGAAUCCUUCUAUCAAGUGAUUCGGAAAGUGUAAUUAGGAAUUUAAAUAUAAUGUAAAAUUAAUAAGUAACAUCGCUGAGAGCACAAAGCAUAGAAUUAGACUAAUUAGAUUUGCCGUUAUGGAUUAGGCACAUUGUCGCCGAUGCCCGAUCUUUAAUUUUUUUCAAUAUCUGAACCAAUACAGAUAUUAAUAUCGGAUUGGUGCAUCUCUCACUCUGUCCCCUCAGUUUACCCUGGCCUUUUUGCUUUCUGCAUUUCGACUGGCUGCUUUCUGUUUACGACCUUACAUUAUAUACACGAUUUGCCCAGAUGGCUCCAUCUAGAUCUUGCUGAGCAGCGUUGCCCAGUGUGUGAGAGAAAGGGAAAAAUAAAACGUAGAGUUACAGUGAUUAGGCUGAAUUAUAGUGAUUCUAAUGUUUUCUUUUUAAGGACAGUAACGCAUUAAUGUGCUGGAGCAUUCCUCAUUUAUGCAUUAGAGGAUUCUUGUCUAAUUUUAAAUUAAAUCACAUAUAAAGAGCAUCAAAGUACAUGUUAUAAGUUAAUGCAGUUAUAGACCUAACAUGGUGGGAGUAUGUUGAUACAAAGUUGGCCAUUUUAAUGGCGCGUCUCGAUGAAAAAGCUGGGAUUUUUCGCCAUUAAUACUUCAACUGAUGAAUUUGUAGCAGUAACUCCACUCUGUACUUUAUGUAAAGUGGAUUCAUGAUUGCAGCAGCUGUACUUUCUGAUUUUAUUUUUGUUGAAAUGGUAAAACUGUUUAAUUCUGAAACAUAUUUAAAAGAAAUUGCAGACGUUUAGUAAAUACACAACCCAUUUGCAGCGGUGUCCAAAGUACGGCACCGGUGGGCUGAUUGGACUGAUUGGGGCUCCAAUCUCAGCUGGUUGAUGCAAAUGGAGGCUUUUUUUAAAAAAUGUUUAAUUAGUGCAAAAUUAUUACAGACAAAUUAGAAUCUUCUGAGCACCCACACAAAGAAUUUGUCUUUUAAUAAUCAUAAUUUUUGCUUCCUCUAAUUUCAGCACCGUUUCCAUUUGUAGCUAUUCUGCUAACGUAAAAAAGAAAAACACACAAAACACGUUUAGCGAAUUUAUUUUUGUAAGUUCAGUUUGUACCAUUUGGUGGUGAAAGGAAGCACAGCUGGCAUAAAACGGACCACAUCCAUCCUCUGACUUUUACUCUGAAACCAACUGUUGGGCACCAAAAUCUGUUUUGAUUUUUUGAUUUUUUAUUUAGUUGGAUAAACUUAUUUGUUUAAAGUAAGUGACUUAAAUUCUGUUUUUGUUACUGAGAAUUAGUCAAUUUAGUAUCCAGAAGAAUGUUCAAACUGGAUUCUUUUCUUAUAAUGAAAACGUGCAAAAACCCUUUUUAAGUUCUGGAUGUGCAAUGAUUUAAAGUUUCCUUUCCUCUGAAAAAUUCAACCCCUUUAUUUAAAUAAUUUUUUUGCUUAUCUUGUUAAGUAGUAAAAAAUAAAAAAAAAAAUGCUGUAAAGUUUUGGUGAUUUAAAUGUUUUUAAAAAUGAUUAUCUUUUUUUUUUGUCCUGUAAGAACUUUUGCUUUGAUGAUUUUAGUUCGUGACUAAAUCUUCGGACACCCCUGCCAUGGUGUGCUUUUUCUCUUUCAAACUCAAAACCUCGCAGUGAUACACAUUCCUGCGGGACUGGAAGUUUUAUUAUUAUUUGUGCCUCAGAACGUAGGCGCUGUAAGAUUUUAAUGGCUUAAAACCCAAAUUAUUAACUUCAACGAAGAAUUUACACCUUCUGUCUUCAGCAAUCUCCACAAACCGCCACCGGUACGGUUCAAACCCCAAACACUCCAUUGUAGGACUGAAGUAAAUUUCUAACUUUUUUUUAUCUGUUUUUAUUUGUUGUUUGUGUCAAGAGAAAAAGAGAUUAAUCACUAAGUGAUAUCAGCAUUGUUAUAGCUGAUUAAAACAGACUUCUUAAAGAAACCUCUGAUAUGUCAAACCUGCUUUUUAGUACAGGCCUCAGUUGUGUUCAGAGUUUUAACAGCAUGUGUUUAAUACAUUUCGUUCAGAAUUCUUAUAACAGCUCAUAUUUACACACACAAAUGUAUUGAGAACGCUACAUGUUCUAUCCAGAAUCAAAACCUUAGGAAAAUAAUAACAUCUCUAUACAGAAAGUAAAGAAAGUGGAUUAUUAGUAAGUUUAAAAAAAACAAUUAACAAAUGUUUACAUAUUUCCUUCUACGCAAAACGUUUUCUGAAGAUUCAGUUUUCCUCUGAAUCUGGACGAAUGUUUCGUAUUAAUAUUUAUUUGUAUAACCGCCGUCUCUUAAAACGACUGGAGUCGAAGUGACUUCGUCCUGAACGGGUGACCAUGAUCGGACACAUUCCAGGGUUCGUUUUGCCUCUGCAGCAGCUCGUUCAGUGGCGGCCCACAUGUUUUCAUCUGGAUUAAGCUCCAGAAUCUGGGCUGGCAUUUUCAUAACGAUAAUCUGGUUAGUUUGGGACCAAAACGCCGCUGCUUUACUGCUGCGUUUGGGAUGUUGUUGAAACUUCUGCCUUAAGGGGAUUUUCUCUUUCCUCUUAGCCUAAAGUAACAUGACGUCUUCGGUUCUUUCCGUGUUUUUAAACUGAUCAGUAACCUCUGGUAUUUGAUGAAUAGGUCUGACGACAUAAAAUAGGAAACAUGACCACAGCAUGAUAUUUGAGUCACCGUGCUUUAAUGGAUGGUAACCAAAACUAAUUCUUUGAGGACUUAGAUCCAAAACGAAGAAUCUCGUUAUUGUUCAACAAAAUGUUGGACCAAUUCACUUUAGGACAGUCAGUCAGUUUGUUCUUUUUCAAAUUAUAACCUGCUCACUAUUUUAUUUUAUUUUUUUCAAUAAUGUAACUUUUAGGCGCUAGUUUUCUUGCCAAAAACUUCUUCACAUCUUGGUCUUGUCAUUUUUAAUGUACAAUAUAUGUGAACUCUGGAGUUUUCCAAAGUUUUGGCCAUUUUGGCAAUUCUUUGAUCCAUUCAAAUGACAUCUUUCUGUUUUCUUCCAGGUCUUUUAUGUCACAGCAUAUUAGGGUCGCUGGAAAAAAGGAGUAAAUAUUUACCAAAAAACUCUGUGUCCUUUUCUAGAAAAAAAAAAGUAAUUUUCUGCCAAAAAAACAAACAAAACAAAAGUAGAAAAUUAACUAGUUUGAAAAGUCAAAAAUGUUCAACUUUUGAAAUUCAUACAGUUUUGUGUUGUUUUUGUUUUUUAUAAAUCAAUCUAAAGAUUUUGGAGUGUUUUUUCUAGCAAACUUUUGGCUUUUCUAGUUGAGAAAUGUCCUUGUUAUAUCUCAAAAAUGUCUGAGUUUUUUGGCAGACAUUUGCUCCUUUAUUUUCUACGUAGUGCAUGGAAAAUCAGUACUGUGUCGUACUUUUCAGGCUCUAGUUUUCCCUUUUCUCUUUAUAUACUUUCACCUCUUCAGUCAGCUUUUUAUUCCAAGUCUGGUGUUUGAUUCGUAGGGAUUCCCCUAUUUCCAACAUGUGCUGCCUCACUUUGAAUUAAUGAUUUAAUUAGACAGAAUUAGCAACAUACACGCUAUGUUGGUCUUCUACUACUCAACAAAACCUACAGCUGCAUUGUUUUCCAUGCAGAAUGCUGCUUUCUGUCUGGUGAACUGAUAUUAUUUUGAACACGCUCAAAAUCAGCUCCCACUGCAAACGCAAAGUUUCAUGUCGCAAAGCCUCAUUUAUUCAAACUUACUGUUUUCUUGUGUUUAGAGUGGCCGGCGAUUCCACUUUGUCCAAACAAUGUUUCUCAUAUCAUUAAUUUUGAAUGUGAACAUGGAACAGAUAAGUAUAUUUGUUGGGUUUUACAGCGGACGUUAGCUCAUUUUGUUUUUAAAAUGAAAAAUGAGUAGACUUUUUAAUUUUGUUUUUAAAAAGUCUACAUUUGAAUGUUUUCAAUACGAUAAGGACCAAACGCGAAUGGGACAUGAAACAUGUGUUCUUUUAUUCUUGAUAAUUUAAUGACUCUUUUGUGUAUAAGAAAAUGCAUCGUUAUUACGUGUGUCUUUAAAAUUAUGAAACAUUACUGAGAGCGCACACUUAUUAUAAGGUCUGAAUUGAUUAAACAGUUCAAGAAUCCAGAUAUGUUUGUGUUAAGAAGACAAAAGAUUGUCCUGUGUGUCCCAUACUCCUUCUAACAGUUAAACAAUUUUGUGAAAUGCUUCAAAUUUGCUCUGUAACGUUGAUUCGCGUCUAUCAAAACAGCUAACCAACCACAAACAGGAUACUGUCACCAAAAGGAUGCAUUAUCCAAAGAGGAAAUGAUUUUUAUGCUGUGUUGAUGGUGGAUAUAUUUACCGAUGUAGCUGUAUCAGAUGUGUUGCCUUACAAUAAAAGUAUUUAACAUUG